UAUUGUUGUUACUCGGGUCGGAUUUGACAAGAGUAUAAAAAUGGCGGUGAUGUGAAAUGGCAGGACGACGGUCUGUUCUAGCGAGCGUUGAAUCCUUAUCAGGAUCUCUCGGGAAUCAGCACAACAGCACGCCGAUUACCAGCAGCUUGACGAGCAGCAGCCCCGUUGGCGGCAAUGCCAUUGUCAGCUCCGAUCCGCUACAAGAGUUGUUUGACGCCUGCAAGAAUGGAGAUUUACCACGUAUCAAGAAACUGGUAACCCAAAAAACUGUCAACGCUAGAGAUACUUCGGGGAGAAAAUCAACGCCUUUGCAUUUUGCUGCUGGGUACGGUAGGAGAGAAAUCGUCGAGUUUUUGCUGUCAGCUGGUGCUUCAAUCCAGGCGAGGGAUGACGGUGGCCUGCAUCCUCUUCAUAAUGCCUGCUCCUUCGGGCACUGCGAUGUUGUGAGACUUCUUCUGGAGGCGGGGGCUAAUCCUAAUACUCGGGACAAUUGGAAUUAUACUCCGUUGCAUGAAGCUGCGAUCAAGGGAAAAAUCGACGUGUGCAUCGCGUUACUCCAACACGGAGCAGACCCGAACAUCCGUAACACAGAAGGCAAAACAGCCUUGGAACUCGCGGACCCUUCCACCACAAAGCCCGUCCUCACAGGAGAGUACCGCAAAGACGAGUUACUCGAAGCAGCUCGUUCGGGUAACGAAGAGAAGUUGCUCCAGCUCCUAAACCCCCUUAACGUGAACUGCCACGCAAGUGACGGUCGUCGUUCGACGCCUUUGCACCUAGCAGCGGGUUACAACCGCGCACGAGUGGUGCAAAUCCUGCUGCAAAAUGGCGCAGACGUCCACGCAAAAGACAAAGGCGGCCUGGUUCCUUUGCACAACGCUUGCAGUUACGGGCACUUCGAAGUAACCGAAGCCCUUCUGAAGCACGGCGCAGCGGUGAACGCCAGCGACCUCUGGGCGUUCACGCCUCUGCACGAAGCAGCUAGCAAAUCCCGAGCAGAAGUUUGUUCUUUGUUGCUAAGCGAGGGCGCUGACCCGACUCAAUUAAACUGCCACGGCAAGAGCGCGAUAGACGUCGCGCCUACUCUAGACCUCCAGGAGAGGCUCGCCUACGAAUACAAAGGCCACUGCCUCCUCGACGCCUGUCGGCAAGCAGACCCUGCUAAAUUUAAAAAAUACCUCACCCCUGAUUUGGUUAACUUCAAACACCCCUUCACCGGCGACACUGCCCUCCACAUCGCCGUGUCAGUGUCCUCUCCAGGGAACGCUUCUCCCUCGGCAUUUAACCCCAAGCGCAAGCAAAUCAUCGAAACUUUAAUCAGAAAAAACGCGGCUGUUAACGAAAAGAACAAAGAUUUCCUCACGCCGCUUCACGUAGCAGCAGAUAGAUCUUACUUCGAAGCGAUGGAGAUCUUGCUGAGGAACAACGCGAGGGUCAACGCGUUAGAUAACCUAGGCCAGACCGCUCUGCACCGCGUUGCAAGAGAAAAUAACCUCCAGGCGGCGAAAAUCCUCCUGGCUUACAACGCAGACACGACCAUCAUCAGCCUUCAUGGCUACACUGCGGCGCAGCUUGCUUCCGACAACGUCGCACAGCUCCUGGAGAAUCCUCCAAGCAACAGCUGUUUGUCUGACGUUCAACUCCUGGAAGCUUCCAAGGCUGGAGACCUUGCUGCGGUUGAACGAAUUUUGAACGCCAAUCCCCUGGCUGUUAACUGCAGAGACCUGGAUGGAAGACACUCAACCCCUUUGCAUUUUGCUGCGGGGUACAAUAGAGUCCCUGUGGUUGAGUUUCUGCUCGCUCAUGGCGCUGAUGUUCAUGCUAAAGACAAGGGAGGGUUAGUGCCACUUCAUAAUGCUUGCAGUUAUGGACACUAUGAGGUCACGGAAUUGUUGGUCAAGCAUGGAGCUUCGGUUAAUGUUGCGGAUUUGUGGAAGUUUACUCCGCUUCAUGAAGCUGCGGCGAAGGGGAAGUAUGAGAUUGUUAGGCUGCUUCUGAGGCAUGGAGCGGAUGCUGGGAAGAAGAAUAGGGAUAAUGCUACGCCACUGGAUUUGGUUAGAGAGGGAGAUCAGGAUGUGGCGGAUUUGCUGAGGGGGAACAGUGCGUUAUUGGAUGCUGCGAAGAAAGGAAAUUUGGGGAGGGUUCAGAAGUUACUUACUGCGGAGAAUAUUAAUUGCAGGGACGCUCAAGGACGGAACAGUACCCCACUGCACCUAGCGGCGGGUUACAACAACCUAGAAGUAGCAGAAUACUUAUUAGAACGUGGCGCAGACGUAAACGCCCAAGACAAAGGCGGACUAAUUCCUCUGCACAACGCGAGCAGCUACGGCCACCUGGACAUCGCAGCGUUGCUGAUAAAAUACAACACUGUGGUCAACGCAACAGACAAAUGGGGUUUCACACCUCUUCACGAAGCUGCGCAGAAGGGAAGAACACAACUAUGCGCACUGCUGCUGGCGCAUGGUGCGGAUCCGUUCCUAAAGAACCAAGAAGGUCAGAGCCCAAUAGACUUAUCCAGUGCGGAGGACGUAAGAUGUCUGCUCCAAGAUGCAAUGGCCUCGCAGCAGAUUGUUCCAGGAACCGUGAUGAACCUGACCGGUUCCUUGAUCAGACAAUCGGGUUCCUCUAUCACCUCCACGCCGAGUUCUCCCACUCCAUCUGCGUUGCAUGAGACUGUGAUCAUGCCCUCUGGAGCGGCGAUGACGCUCUGUGUUCCACUGCCCAGUUCCAGGAACAUAAACACAGAACUGACUCCGGUUCCGCUGUUGGAGACCUGGCUGGACAAGGAAGACCGAGGGGUUACUAAUAUUGGCGGGUUCCUCAAGAGCUUGGGGCUGGAACAUCUUCUGGAACUGUUCGACCGGGAACAGAUCACGUUGGACAUCCUUGCGGAGAUGGGACAUGAAGAUCUUAAGCAGGUCGGAGUGACUGCAUACGGGUACAGACACAAAUUAAUAAAAGGAAUGGACAAACUUUUAAACUCAGCGACAACUCUGUGGCAACCUUCGCUGAGUUCAACUCCAGGAACAUUAUUAGUUGACCUUUUAGUGGACGACAAAGAAUUCCUGGCCGUGGAGGAGGAAAUGCAGAGCGGAAUUCGCGAGCACCGAGAUAAUGGUCACUCUGGAGGGAUCUUCUCCAGGUAUAACAUCGUGAGGAUCCAGAAGGUCCAGAACCGGAAGCUCUGGGAGCGAUACGCUCACAGGAGACAGGAAGUCGCUGAGGAAGUCAUCGCAGCGGGUCCUUGUGGCUCUCCUCCGUCGGGUUCCGGCGCUAGUAGAGCGACCCCCACUCCUGCGACGACGAUUCCUCAGGCUAAUGAGAGGAUGCUAUUCCACGGGAGUUCCUUUAUCAAUGCUAUUGUCCAGAAAGGGUUUGACGAGAGGCAUGCCUACAUUGGGGGCAUGUUUGGCGCCGGGAUUUACUUCGCGGAACACAGCAGUAAGAGCAAUCAGUAUGUCUAUGGGAUUUGUGGAGGCACCGGAUGUCCUGCUCAUAAGGAUCGCUCUUGUUAUAUUUGUCAUAGACACUUGUUGCUCUGCCGAGUGACCCUAGGAAAAUCAUUCCUUCAAUUUUCCGCGAUGAAGAUGGCGCACGCACCACCGGGUCACCACAGCGUGAUGGGCAAGCCGUCUCAAGGCGGCCUGGCCUUCCCGGAGUACGUGGUCUACCGAGGCGAGCAAGCGUACCCCGAGUAUCUUAUCACCUACCAGAUAGUCCGUCCGCAGGAGUCUAGCAGCCUCGCAGGCGCCCCGGAUAGCGAGCCCGACGCCUCCAGGUGAGAGCAGACCCUGGCCCGGCUCAGGCGUCUCUGCUGCUGCCAGAAGCCCCAGGAGCCGGCACCGAGCCAACGCAAGCCGCAAGCCAGCUACGCUUUUAAACUAUAAUUAAUAAA